AUGGAGCUGCAAGACCGCAUAGUGGACUCCACGUUAAUAAAUUUCGACAUGAACCUGAUAGAGUUUCCGCAAAAGUACACUUUGGGACCGAAGCAGCAGGUGGAUAAUACCCCGCCCGGUGCGAACAACCAGGCGCGGCUGAACGACCCACCCUGGUGCAGGGGCUUGGAGAACGGCGUGCGCACCGCGGAGCACCUUGCCGAGCAUCUGGUGAUGGGUCCACCGAGGUACUACAGCCGCGGGGCCCACGGGCACGCCAAGUCCAAACGGAGGAGGAUCAUCACCGUGGUCCAGCGACAGGCGGCCAAUGUGCGGGAGAGAAAGCGGAUGUUUGGCCUGAACGAGGCCUUUGAUGAACUGAGGACGAAGGUCCCUACAUUCGCCUACGAGAAGAGACUGUCCCGUAUCGAGACUCUCCGCCUAGCCAUCGUCUACAUCUCCUUCAUGACGGACCUGCUGGAGAACACCUGA